CACAACUCGGUUCAAUUAAAGUCCAAUAUAAAAACUAAUAUUCUAAUGUUUUUCGUUAAGCGAAGUCCCUCAAACCACAAAGCUCCUAUAUUUUGAAUACAAAUGGCAUAAAUAUGAAAAGCCUCUGCCCUCUCUGAUUUUGUGUAUACAUAUACACUAGGAAAACACGUCGAAAAACGAUUUAGAAUUUAAUCGCAUUUUAAAUUCCUGGGAAGCUUUCGUGAGCUCUUCAAAUCGAUGUGGCAACACUUGAAACAUAUGGGCGGACAAAUGGCAAUCGCAAGCAACGAGGAAGAAGCGGAAAAGGCAGCCCGCGCGCAGAAGGGCAGGAAAUGUUUUUAUUUGCGGAAGAUGAUAGGAGAUUAUAUAGACACCUCUGUUCGCGUUCUUGCCACCGUGUUCUUUGCUGACCUACUACUGCGUAUAUACCGCUGCGUCCUCGAAUAUUGGUGCUAUGGCCGGUACUAUCUGCCCGAGGAUCGGUUGUGGGUGAUUCUACGGCGAUCGUGCACGUACAACAGCAGGUCGAUCUACCUGCUGGUGGGAUUGCUUCUAGUGGCAUUUUUUCGGAUUUCUGUUACCGGAAAUUACAGGGACGUAGUGCCCACGGCGCUGUUUCUGGCCCACAUGCCGCUCUACUGGAUCUGGAGCUUUAGCGACCUGGCUCAGAGCACGCUGAGCUACUCCCACUGGAUACGGGACUCCCAUGGACUAGACUAUGCGGCCGGAAUGGCCUCCAACUACUUUCACGGCUACCUCAAACUGUCUCUGCCCGAGCGCGAGAACGAUGGGCUCAAACAUCGAAUGGCCGUGUACGAGGAUACGAAUAAUAUUACCUUCGGCAUUAACCGACUGGUUAUCCUCAUUCCCGACGAAAUGUUUGUCAACGGCGUACUCGAAAGCAAAUUACUUGACAAAGCCGAGUCCCUGGAGACACAGUUCAUCAAUCGAGCCGGUGUCUAUCGUCCUUUCAAGCACGCUGUCUACAGAAUGAACAAAAAGGUCAAUGGCAAGAUCUACUAUUUUGCUGUCGAGGGAGCCACACCCAUGCUAUCCUUCUUCGAUUCCAUGGAAUCCAACUUGUCAGCCACCUGGCAGAUGCAGGAACUGAAGCGGGAGAUCUGGCUCAAGUUCUAUACGCACCUGAAGGAACUCAUUACUACAUGGCCGGAGACCCGAGACCUGGUGGAGCCCAUUAUCUAUAAUUCCCAUGAUAACAAGGGGAACCGUGUGGAUGUUGGCGAAUUGCUUUUAGCUCAUAUGCAAAACAAAACCAAAUCUAUUGACGAAAUUUCCAACUAUAAAUAAAUAGGUGUUACGAUUUUUUAACUUUUUUUACGGAAAUGUAAUGAGGAAAAUAUAUUUUGUACUGAUAUAAAA